GCUGUCAAAGCGCGCCAUCCACCGAAGAAGAGGGAGGCUCCUGCUUCCUCUUCUUUUAGAUAGAUGUGGCUAAAGAGCUAGCUGCCCUGUACGCCGGCUAGUUAUCCAGCUUGUGGGUAUAAAAUAACGACCAUCGACGCUUUCUUCGCGGAUUGUUGCGAACAUAAAGCAGAAUCCUGACACAGCUACACAGACAGUGACUGAAUGUGAAGGACAGAUGUGGAAGAGUGCUCAACUUCAUCAAUAAAUACACCCGAGUGCAACAUGACCAUGGAGAGAGGGAGGCAAAAACUGCACAACGUCCUGGAUGAUGGCUUGGGCAAGGACUUGAUGGACGCUGGGCGGUUUUGCUUCAGUUGUGAGCAGAUAUUUGCAGAUAGGAGAUGCGUGGAGGAACACAUGUGCUCUGCUGCAAGUCACAUCUGCUCUUGUGGAACUGAGUUUGCUAGAUACAGUGACAUGCUGGAGCACAGCACUACACAUGAACCAGGGCAUCAAGUGCUUGACCACGAAACCAUUAAAAAGCGCAGAGUUGAGAAACGCAUAGCAGAGGAAGCACAGCUGAAAAGAUUAGAGACAGGUGAGGUUGUCUGGAAAGCACCUAAAUUAGGGAAUGUGGCAUCAAUGUCUUUGCCUGUGAAGCAUAUGCGGCAAGUACCCAAUGCAUCAGCUCACAUGUCACUGCAGCCUGCACAGAUUUCGCAAGUGCCUGGGUUGUACCCUACUUUGUCACAACCAUCUCUGCUUCAAAAUUCUUUAAACUCUGCAACAGACAUGAAGAAUAUUUUUGCAGGUGUAGGUGCACCGACAGUGGAUCUUUGGACACUUUACCAGCCAGUGGUGAUGUUGCAAACGGUGCGCAAAUUUAGCAAGAACAAGCCAUACUCCUGCAGCAAAUGUGGUCAGUGUUUUAUAACUAAAAAGUCUCUCAUAUCCCAUCACAGCGCUCAUGUUGUAGAUAAAGUGUCGGGCUGUAUAGGAUGUGGGCUGCUCCUCUCUAGCAGGAAGAUAGUGCCUCGCUUCCAUGUUUGUAAUGCACCCAACAGUUCUACCAAAUUCAAACUCAUUACUGCAAGACCGGUAGGUUUCAAGCCACUUAAUGAGGCAGGACCAAGCAAGAGUCAGAGUUCUCCUGGACCACAGGUCUCUCCCUAUCUAGAGUAUGGAAGGCAGAAUCCCCAUGCCGCCAUUAAUGGCAUUCAGGCAACCCAUGGCACUUCAGCUCUGCAGUUAAAACAUUUGAACAUCGGAACAUCCAGUCAAAGCAACCAGGGGCUUCAUGUCUCUCCCUCCAUGCAUUGCAAGAGACAAAAUCCAAACCCAGCCAAGCCUUUCAUCUCCCAUCCAUCAAAGUUUCACCGUCCAAAUCCCAAUAAAAGUGGUCGAGGGCAUCCCAUGCUUCUCUCUGGGCAGUUGAAGAGACCCACAACAUUCAUAUCAGUUGUACCAGGCAAACACAUGCAGACAUCUUCUAGACCAAAUGGAUUCACAUGUCGAGUCUGUCUUAUUCCCUUUGAAUCUGCCCAGAUGCUUCAGAGGCACAAGUGUAUCAAAGCACAGGAGUUCAUGGCACAGCGAGGUAGCAGUAAGAAUAACAAAGUCACAAGGGUCACACCAAUGGCAGGCCAGCUUCCUGCCCAGGUGAACGGGGAGAGGAAACUUGGGGCUCCUAGUGACAUAAAGAUAACCCAAGUCAUGGCUGUGGAUGUGGAACAAGGGCAAGGAAUCGCUCCUGUGGAGGAGGACACAGAGAUGGAUAUGGACGAUGAUUGCUAUAUCAUCGAAAACGGACCAGACAAAUCUGCUGAGAUGAUUUACCAAGUGACCUCAUCUGUCCCUAUUAAGACUUGACGGACUGAAGAGUCACAUCCGAUUUGCAUGUCACAUUUUGUUUUUUAACAGGACCAAGUGCAUAAAGAACAAAGUCUUCGGGUUGGGGCAUCUAACUGUUCAGGUUCAUAGCACGGGAGCUCAAUGCUUUCCUGGCUUUCUCUAAUGUAAAAAGACAGAGACAUGUAUGAUGAAUUGACAUCAAACAUCCAUCUUCAUUAAGUUGGAUUUCUUCUGUCAGUGAACGUUGAAAUAUUACUUUCCCAAAAGUCCAAUAUUGGUUGUACUACAAUGAUCUUAGAAGAUGAAUAAAGUAACAUUGUGUUCAGAUGGUAUGUUAAUGGUUUACUCAAGUUUGCCGAGAUAACCAUGUGCUGCAUUAUUGUUUUUUAUUUCUAUAUGUUUUAGUAUGAUCAGAAUGUGUUGUGAGGCUGUUGAAUUUACCACAAUACCUUGUGUUCUUACCAGCUUUGUCAGACUUAUAGAAUACAGUAUAUGUUGUAUUAAACUAUAUUUUUAAACUCAA